CAGCUUCGCACAGCUGAAUGGUCAUCGAUCGAAACUCACCAAAGCACUUCGUCACGAGCAAGUUUGACUGAAAAUCAUGAAAAGAUUCCUCGAAAUGUUCAUUGUUCUCGGCUGUUUGACUGCUGUUUAUGCCGGUAAGUCAGUCUUGUUAUUGUUAUUAUGGAAUUAAGAUUAAUGGGAUCUUUUCACUUGCUGAGCGUACUAGCUAAGUUUCGAAUGCAACGCAAUUAAAAAAAAAGCGUUCGAAAAUUUAAAAACACGAAAAGCUAAAAAGUGAAAUAUCAACCAUCAAAAAGUCUCUAGCGAUUUGCUAUUUUAAAAAAAUUAAUGCGAUAACUUCUUAUUAACAGCUUUUCUCAGGGGAAGUAGAAAUUAAAACGGAAAGAUGAAAGUUUAUAUCAAUAGUUAUAAUAAGAAACGCGUCCUAGGGUGUUUCGUUUUUUUAUUUUCCAUCCAACACUCUUACAACCCAAAGCAAGUGGUUUUCGAACUAUAAAGACAUUUAUUACAGUGGGAAUCGGAUUGAUAUGCAGGUUACGAAGCGUUUUUGGAAAGCGUGCACAAUUUUGGCUCCGUUUCGUGACGAUAACGACUAUUCACGAAUAUCUCUCGUCCAACUCUUGUCUUAAUCGCACUGACGAAGGGCAAACGCUCGAAACGCCAGCUUUUUUACUCUUCACGGUGGCCAAUUUACGUUAUCGACUCAGUUGUUAACACUAAAUUACCUACUAUACUCUCCCACCGACGUGGCACCAGUUUCUUUAGAAACUCAUCCCCCCCCCCCCCCCUCUGAUUUCGCUUCAUUCUGUCUGUCUGUCUGUCUGUCUGUCUGUUUCCAGUUUAAGAAAUUACAGCUAAUUAAUCUAAAAACACGGUGAUGGUCAAGAAAUUCUAAGUCAUUCCACGCAGUUCUUGGCAACAAGAUGUGAUCAUCUCUUUGAUCGGCCGUUUGUUUUUAUUUCGACACGAAACGACUUUUAUGGCUCAGAGCUAAAUAAUCAGUUUAACCUUUGUUCAGUAUAGCGUGUUAUUUUGGAAUUUAAUUCAGCCAAACGUUCCACUUAGACGCUCAUUUUUGAGAACAAUGUCGAGAAGGCAUACGACUAAAACUGACAUCAAACAUUUUAAUCAGACUCUUUCAAUAACUUGCCAUCGAUCCCUCGUUCUUCCUUGUCUUCGCCUCGAGGAACAUGGAGCUUCUCGGGUGAAAAGAAAACUCAUCGUUUCCCUUGGGAUCAAUGCUUUUUAUGCAACAUACAAUUUGAUUCAUACUGAAACGAAUUCUCUUUCGUUAAACAGGUGAUACUGGUGAUGGUCAUGUUACCCCUCCCCCAUGGCCAGAUCAUGGAAAACUACUCUGUUUGUUUUUUGCCGGCUCUGAUUACAUCUGCAAGGUGAAAUGCGAUCCAGGUCACGUGCCGGAGAGACCCAUUCCUCAUUCAUACGACUACCGUGACGGCAAGUGGACGACAGUUCCACUUCUAGACUCCAAUGGAGAACCUUUUGUGUUUCCCUGGCCAAACUGUGUCCCAGGUUAGCGCGGUUCAUACAAACAGUUCAUCUCAUUUUAUAAAAUGGCAGAAAUAUUGCGCACGCGCCCUGAUUUGCUGAAAACUGUCCAUAUUAACCGGGUAUGCAUAUUCUCCAUCUCAUUCUGUAGACAUUUCCUAAGGCGCUGACCAGCAGAAUUUGCGAAACAACUUAAAGAUUCUAUAGUCCUACAGUGUGUGAUCAUUUCCUCUCAGUCUCACGACCAUAGUGUUUGAUUAAGCGGGUAUACUGUCUGAAGGAAUUAGAUGACUGUCGCUCUUACAAGGUCAAUGUAACUGUAGACCUAAAGAAGACAAAAACUGAUUUUUUAUUUUGAUUUUUCUCUUUCAUACCUGUUCAUUUAUAAAAUGCACUAAUUCAAAUUUAAAAUCAUUCCAGUAUAAUAAACACCAUUCCUUUUCUUUGCCUUUAUAGCAAGCAAGUAAAGAUUUGGCAGAUAUGGCUUUUAGCUGAACACGUCAAGGAAAAUGAUUUUAAAAUUUAAGAGGAAAUAAUAUAAUUAUAAUAAUAUGCGAUGCAUACUCUGUAACUUGUAGAUAAUUUGAAAACAAUCGACGAUAAAAC